AUGCGUAUCGCGAUUGCAGGUGCCGGUGAUCUGGCGAAAUACCUGGUGGAGGAGCUUCUCGCCGCAUCGCAUGACGUCGUCGUCCUCAGCCGAAGCCCUAAGCCAUGGUUUAAACGAAGCGACAUCUCCUUCCGCAAGACAGACUAUUCCAUCCCAUCGCUGGUGGCAGCCCUCCAAGACUGCGAUGGCCUGGUCUCCGCCCUCCUCGACUAUUCGAUAAAUAGUGCCACCGCGCAUCCGGCCCUACUUGAAGCCUGCCAUCAAACUCCGAAAUGCAAGCGCUUCCUACCCUCUGAGUAUGGCGGAAAUAUCGACGUGUACCCCGAAUCGCCCGAAUUCUACUAUGCAAAUCAUGAGCCGGUCCGAGAGGCGUUGCGUAACCAGACUGAUGUCAUGUGGACGCUCUUCAACAUCGGCUGGCUGUCUGAUUAUUUCGUGCCCACCAGCUCGCAGUAUAUCCGAGACAUUGAUAAUUUUCAUCCCGUGAACUUUAAAACGAACACAAUGAUGAUCCCAGGGACCGGCGAAGAACUAAUUUCUUUCACCGCCGCCCGCGACGCUGCGAAGGCCAUCGCAAAGCUGAUCGAUCAGAACAACUGGGAGCCUACUACGUUUGUCUGCGGCAAAACAGCGACUUGGAACAGCGUGGCCAAAUUACUAGCCAAGUAUGGGAAAGCCUUGGAGAUGCGUUACGUUCCCCUUCAGGAGCUUCAGGCGACAAUCGUACAGGGAAAGCCGGGGCAUGAUGAUGUGAUUGCUGCUCAAUACGUAGAGUUCUCUCUCACUGGCGGAGCAGUCCUUCCCCAGGAGAAAGUGGAGUUUUAG